UCUUUAUAUAUUAACGUAUCUAUUCCUAUUUCAUCUCAUUCUUCUAAGUUGUCCGCCUUCCAUUUAUUCCGUCCGAUCCGAUAGAUCCAUCUUUUUUUCUGAGAAAUUUUUGUCUUUCUUCAGACCAUUUCUUCCACUAAACGCUAUAUAUAGAGACGAAAGCUGAUAAGUCUGAUAGAAUUUGGUGACGAUUGAAAAAAAUAUUUAUAUAUAAUGGGGUUUUCGUUUCCGUUGAAGUUCGUGAUCGUCAUUGUUGCCGUUUCGAUCUUGUUAGUGUUGCCGCCGGUGAAUUCCACGUCCAGGAAUGCGAUCAAACUGAGUAGAGGGUUUCAGGUGAGACUCCGGCACGUCGAUUCCGGCGGGAAUUUCACGAAAUUCGAGAGAUUGCAGCGUGCAAUGAAGCGCGGGAGGCAUAGGCUUCACAGGCUGAGUGUGUUGGGGGCGGCGGCGGAGGACGACGACGUGAAGUCGCAGAUACACUCCGGCUCCGGCGAGUUUUUGAUGGAGCUGUCGAUCGGGACGCCGCCGUCGCCGUUUGAAGCUAUUUUGGACACCGGAAGCGACUUGAUUUGGACGCAAUGUAAGCCUUGCCGGCAGUGUUUCGCUCAGAAAUCGCCGAUUUUCGAUCCGGUGAAAUCGUCCUCCUUCUCUAAACUCCCCUGCGGCAAUAAGCUUUGUGCGGCGUUGCCGAUGUCGUCGUGCGGCGAAGGCUGCGAGUAUACAUACGCCUACGGCGAUUAUUCCACGACUCAAGGAACUAUGGCGUCGGAGACGUUUACGUUCGACAAUAAAGUUUCGGUCCGAAACGUCGCGUUCGGUUGCGGCGACGAUAAUGAAGGCACCGGAUUCAGUCAAGGCGCCGGCCUCGUCGGCCUCGGCCGGGGACCAUUAUCGCUGGUUUCGCAGCUCACUGAGCCUAAAUUCUCCUAUUGCCUAACCGCCAUCGACGGCGGCGAUAGCGGCGGCGACACCACCGCAAAGAGCACUCUUCUAAUGGGCUCUCUCGCGGGAAUCAAACCCGGGAAAUACGGAAAGGUAGUUACAACCGCUUUGGUGAAAAACCCGUUACAGCCCUCCUUCUACUACAUCACUCUCAAAGGCAUCACCGUGGGCGGCACGCGCCUCCCAAUCCCCGAAUCCUCCUUCAAGCUCGACUCCGACGGGAGCGGCGGGAUGAUAAUCGACUCCGGCACCACCAUCACGUACCUGGAAGGAAAAGCAUUCGAGGCAGUAAAAAAAGAAUUCGUUAACCAAAUGGAUCUUCCGGUGGACGAUUCCGGAUCGACGGGACUCGACCUAUGCUUCACGCUCCCGGCCGACGCCGAGGACAUAACCGUCCCGAAAAUGAUAUUCCACUUCGACGGCGAUGACGCCGAUCUAGACCUCCCCGGCGAGAACUACAUAAUCGCCGACAAGAGCUCCGGGAUGGCGUGCUUAGCCAUGGGAAGCUCCAGUGCAAUGUCCAUAUUUGGGAACGUGCAACAGCAGAAUAUGAUGGUGGUUCAUGAUCUUACUAAGGAGACUCUCUCUUUUGUACCAACACAAUGUGAUCAAUUGUGAUUAUUGACAAUAACCAACUCAUGCAUGGUGUCAUAUAUGUAGGGAGAUUUUUAAAAUCUCGACCACCUAAAUUAUCAUGUUGUAUUUUGUGUUUUGUUAAAUUGUGCUUUGUUGUUAAAGUACAGCUCUUGAAACACAAAAUAUAACUCACUGAUACAAGUUAAAAUGCACCAAUCGCAUUUUAAAAGUUUCGUUCAUAUAUAUAUUGCAUUUGAUUGUAUUUCUCUCAAUUUGGAAUUUGGAUACUUAUAUAUAUAAUGAGGGAUGAUAUUGUUAUGGCAA